AUGGCCUACGUCGCGGCGCUUCUACAGGGCGACUACGAGAAAGCAAUCGGGCUGAUAGAUUGUGCGCUGUUGACAUGCAGUGCCGAGCAGGUGGCUUCAGAACUGCUAGGAGCCACCUUGCAGAUGAACGCCGUGGCUCUCGUUCUAGGAAGAACGCCGUCUCUACGUCAGAUACUAAAAGCCCAAUUCCCUGAAACCGUGGCGGAGUACAUCCAGUCCAUUCACGCAGACUUCGUCCCUAAGUUGGCACAAUACAUACACUUCGAACUGUCCGACCUGCUGGACGACCAUUCUCUGACGGACGCAGAUGAUCUACGGCUUGCGUCGGGCGCGCUACAUGCCUGUACAAUCCUGGCGCAUGGCAAGUUUCCUGAGGUCGAUCCAGAGGAUAUUGUCGACGAGGAGGAAGAGGAGAACGACACGUUCUUCAAGGUCAAAGCAAAGGGAAAACGCCAAAAGAAACGUACCAAGUCGCAGAUUAGCGUACCAAUCGACCCGAAGCCCUUUCAGGACGCUGGCUACUCCCCUCCCCGAACGCGGGCGCAAGCAGAGGCACUAGCGAAGUCUAUGCUUCGCGAGAUCAAGUACUUGUUCUCGGACUAUCUCGAGAUUUUGCAACUUCCUGGGACGACGGACGCGAUAGAGCGCGCUCUAGCAGGAUCGUGCUCGUCGACGCAGGUACCAGAGGCGACAGACGAUACAGACGCUCGAGCUUCGUCGACGACAGACGCGGCUGCCGGCGGAGGAAUGCAAUCGGUGUCUGCAAACCCGGCGAGUGAACGAGAUCUCAGAGCGAUGAUAGAGUUCGACGUCCCAGAAGAGCUGGGAGAUUGGAACAUCUUCCUCUCAACGCGUGCAUAUCAAGAUCUGCGAAAAGCUCGUCGCGAGGAUCAAAACCGCUACAAAAUCAUACUCAAGAAGAUUAGACAUCUGUCGAAAGGCCAUUUCUCCGACGACAACCAGAAGCGUUUGUCCAAGACGUCCUCCAAGGUUCCCAUAUACGAGGCAAAGAUGACAGGAGAUACACGCCUUGUGUAUCAAGUUGAUUGUGUCGCCGACUGGCAGAAUCCGGGCAUGGAGCGACAGGUGAUCAGCCUCUACGGCGUGUUCACGCACGCGCAGAUGGACGAUCGGUUGCGCCGCAUCUUCGACGCUAUCGGCAAGGAGGUUGGUAGGAAGGGGAAGGAGUACCAACAGCGCUGUAUCUACAGGCAGCGGCCCGCAGUCAGCGGCGACAAUGUGUUCGAGCCAGCCACGUUCCCUUUGGCCGAGGAGACGCCGGCGCGCGACUCUGACGAGGAGGAAAUACAGCUGCCGCCCGAGGACAUGGAGCGCGUACACGAGCUACUGACGCUGGACAACCCCGAUUUGCAGAACGUCUUGAAAUGUCUCAUGGCAGAUGUCGACGUCGCGCAUGUUUUCCGCCUUUCCGGCAAGGAGCUUGAGAUCGUCAGCCAUGUUGGAUCAUGCUAUGUUCUCGGACGUAGCGGUACCGGGAAGACGACCACUAUGCUCUUCAAGAUUCUUGGCUUGGAGAGAUCUCAUCGGCUCAACACGCAUAUCAUCCCUGAACGGCCGCGACAGCUAUUCGUCACGCAGUCGCAUGUCCUGGUAGAGAAGGUCGAAGAGGCGUAUAACAAAUUGGCGAAGACUCUGGACAUCGAGACAUACUCGAAGGACGAAGUAAAAGCGCUGGCGAUGAAGAAGAAUGAGACCGCGAGGGAUCAUCUAAUCAGGAGUGAUGACAAGAAGGACCGGGGCAAAUCCUUGCCUCAGCGCUUUAGCGACCUCAAGGACGAGCAUUUUCCUCUGUUCGUCAACUACGACAGGCUGUGCCAGCUGUUCGAAGGGGAUGCCGCCAAGGUCGCCACCGACAUUGGGAGCGCCGACGAGUCGAACUUGACUUCGCGCAUCAUGCGGCGCUCUGGGCGUUUGGUGACAUACGAGCUCUUCUUGACGGCAUACUGGCCGCAUUUCUCUCAGAAGCUGACAAAGGGCCUUGAUCCUUCACUCGUCUUCAGCGAGAUUAUGGGUGUCAUCAAGGGCUCCGAGGAGGCAAGCCUCUUGCCUGACCGGUGUUUGGACCGCCAGACGUACGAAGGCCUUAGCGUCCGAAGACAGUCCACUUUUGCCAACCGCCGAAACCUCAUCUACGACAUCUUCAUGCAAUACACUAAGGAAAAGGCUUUGCGCAAUGAUUACGAUGCGGCUGAUAGAACAUACAAUAUCCUGCGCAUACUUCAAGAGUACGGUUUACAAGGCAAGAAGAUCGACUACCUCUACGUGGACGAGGUCCAGGACAAUCUACUCAUCGACGCCCUGGUUCUUCGCUACAUCACUGGAAACCCCAAUGGCUUAUUCUGGGCAGGCGACACGGCGCAGACGAUCUCAGUUGGAAGUGCUUUCAGGUUCAACGACCUGAAGGCCUACCUUCACAGGCUCGAGGAGAAGCAGAUCCGCAUCACGCAAGGCAGAGAGCCGCGGGCCUUCCAGCUAACGACGAACUACAGGUCCCAUGGUGGCAUCGUGGAUUGCGCUCAUUCCAUCAUCAGCCUCAUCAUGGAGUAUUGGCCUGACAGCAUCGAUAUGCUUGCUCGCGAGAGGGGACAAGUCGGUGGCCCGAAGCCUGUAUUCCUCACGGGUUGGAGCAACGACAACGUGCGCUAUGAGCAGUUCUUGUUCACUUCAUCGACGGGCAAUGCCAUCGAGUUCGGGGCAAAGCAGUGCAUUCUCGUGCGACACGAAGAAGCGCGCCAGAGACUUCGCAAGGAAGUGGGCGAUAUUGGCUUGAUCAUGACCCUCUACGAAAGCAAGGGCUUGGAGUUCGACGAUGUGUUAUUGUUCAACUUCUUCCAUGACUCUUCCGUGGAAACAUCGCAAUGGCGAGUCGUUCUCAAUGCUAUGGAUUCUGAGCAUCGACAAGAGGUCCCAGCACCGCGCUUCGAUGAGAAUCUUCACGCCGGCCUCAAGUUUCUGUACGUCGCGAUCACGAGAGGCAGGAAGAACGUGUGGAUCGUCGACACUUCGGAUCGUGGCGAGCCAAUGCGGAUGCUACUUACUGCGCGUGAACAAGUCGAGAACUGCAGUCCCGAAAACGCUCCCAGGCUCGCAGUGUCCUCGUCGCCGGAUGAAUGGAAGGAGACCGCCGUCGAGCUCUUUAAGCUGGAGCGAUAUAUGCAAGCUAAGAUGUGCUACGAACGAGCAGGGAGUCUGGUCGAAGCCGCCAUCUCGCAUGCGCACUACCUACGACAGCAAGCCGCGCUGAAGCCAUCCGUGGGCCACAAGAACGCGUUGGCAGAACGCCAAGAAGCAUUCGCGGAGGCGGCAACUGCCUUCACAGAGUGCGCCCUCACAGCGGAGACCGCCGGGCAGAAAGAGCGACAAGAGGCCUACUAUCGUGCUGCUGCAAAUGCGUACUUGGAGGCGAGCGACGAGGCGAGCGCUGCGAGGGCUUUCAUCAAGGCUGGGGACUUCGCUGAGGGUGCUCAACUGUACCGCAAACUCGGGAACUUCGACGAGACUAUGAGAGUCGUCCGGACGUACCGAUCACAGAUUGACGAGACCUUGGGAGAGAAGUUGACCAACGUGUCUCGUCUCUACUACUUCCAAGCCAAGGAGUUCAAGAAAGCUACUACGCUAUUUGAGUCUGUGGAAGAUGCGCUGGAGUUCCUCGAGGAUACUCCCUUCGACGUUGAGAAGGCGUCACUGCUGGAGUCGGCCGGCAGACUUCAGGAAGCAGCAGAGCUUUACCUCGACGACAAGCCUCUUCAUGCUGUCCAACUCUUUCUCGAGGACACUAGUAACAGUCAUUCCGUCGAACGAGGCUGGCAAUGCGUGCAAGAUGGCUUGUGGAGGGAAUUGGCAUAUGGUGCAAAUGUGGACGAUGCAAAAGCAAAACCACUAGUGUCAGCCUACCUCGAAUUGUCCGCAAAGCUGAUCAGCGAGCAGCCCAACUCUGCACGCGCACAAGAGUUCCGCAUGUUUCAUGCCCUGUGCGAGAGGAAGACCCUGACACUGCAAGCUCUCGCACGGUUCUUCUUGAUCGACAACAAUCCAGCGGCCGCCUUCAGAAGCUUGCAAGGAGUUUUCCAUCCUCAAUUUCCCAACAUCCGAGAAAUGCGGGAGGACGAGCUCAUCGAAGUCCUGCUGCUCUAUCGAAACUACGUCCGCCUACUUCACGACCUCGCCUUCGACCCCGCUCCGUGCCAGAAAUCCAGCGUCCGACGUAUCUUUGGUCUGUACCGCGCGGAGAACGGCAGGGCGUGCUUCAUCCCAGCUGGCACCUUCCUUCAUGAGAAAAUUCUGAACUUCGCACCAGCCGGUACACAGUUCACUGAUGAUGGUGUCAUCGUGCCAACACAACCCCUUACACGGAUGCUGUCUAUUCUGCUGCAGAACAGGUUACACACGUCAUUGUUGGACGAGAACCAUCGAUGCCAGCAUGCGACGGUCUUUCGUACAGUCUGCCUGACAUUCACGCUCUUGGGCAGCUGCAAUUCGUACAGAUGCACGCGCGUCCACCCGGAGCCAGCGUCCCUGGAUGCAGCUUGGUACAAUCGACAAGUGCAUCUUCAUCUGCUGCAAAUCUCCAUCUUGGACUACGACAUCAAGGAAUUUGCGGACGAUGAUCGUCCUCGAUACCAACGGUUUUGGAUUCACAAGCUGUACGAGACGCUCUUCCCAGCCACCGCGAAGUUGGGCGCUGUAAUAAGCUUACGAAACAAACUCGUCCCCGAAGCCCAGAAGUACUUCCAGCAGGUCAAGUACUGGUGUCAAGACUUGCUGAAGGCUGGAGCUGGAGCCGGCUCUCAGGUCUUGCCAGUGACAACAGUGCUUCGCGUUGCUCAUCUGAGCUUCACAUUCGACCGCAUCGAUGCGCCAAGGUAUAUGAGUGGUACACCCGCGAUCGAGGAUCUUCGCCGACGAGGCGGGCCAGCCUACUUCUACAAAGGCCAGUACAUCGUACCUCAGCUACUUGCGGCUUUCGAAGGACAUGGUCUACAGUUUAUCGACGCUGGGGUUGUGUUUUUCCGACAGGUUCUCGACGCCAAAAUCUCGACCGACAUCAGCGCUCUCUGCGACCUUUGCGAAUACUUGACUGGGUGUUUCGUGCUUGGGCGGUCCAAAUGGGGAUUCCACGAUGUAACCCUGCCAAAGAGCUGGAUUCUUCCUCUCGUAGACCGCUUCAAGAACCCCAAAUUCAACCCCAGCACCACCACAUUACCCAUCUUCGUCGAAAAUCUCGCGGUACUCUUGAAUCUCUUGUAUAACGGCCUGGAGAGGACGCGUUUCCUUCGCUUCGAGGGCACAGAAUUAUCCGAUAGUAACAUCAUUCGAGGCGUCUUCAUCGCGAGAAUCUGCCGGAUGCUCUGUGCUCUGGGAUAUAAUAUCAGCAGAUGGAAUGACGAGCGGAGAGUACGAGAGGCCGUAAAGAACAGCAUCAUGAAGGUCUUCGAACGUCCGCAUGCCCAGAAUCCAAUUUUUGAACAGUACUUGCGUACCCGCGGUUGGGCUGAUCUCAAGCGGGCCUAUGAAGAGAGCGCAAAGGGCCAGCUCAUGGACGAGCUGAUCACACUUCGGCUCGAGAGGACGCUCUCCAAAACGCCGAUACAGGUACCUGGAAUGCCGCGCCAUGUUCCUUUCAAGAAUGCCAGCACCAUCCCCGCCGUGAUAGGACACGACUUCUUCAUCUCAUCUGAGCUCCGCGCCGAUGCGCCCGUCUUCGUUCCUGCCGCACUCAAGGUGCAAACAAAGGCCCUUGCGGACUCUAGCGUUACUGAGGGAGAUAUGGGCCCUCUUGCGCCACAGACAAAGGAUGGUAAUCCGGAGGUCUCGUCGUCGGCGCGGCAGGAGAACGAACUACAGCGGCCCCCUCCCACGACCGCCCAGAAAGUGGUCGCAUACAGAUUGCUGUGCGCUUAUCGGCGCAGGAGGCGACGGCGCGAGGCGAAGCGGGUGCGUGCCGCUGAGGUUCUUCAAGCAGGAUAUCGCCGGCUCGUUGCUCUCCGCUCUUUGGCGGAUCUCGACAGGACGAGACAGAACUUCUUCUCGGCGUGCGUUGAUCAAGGCCGCGAGGCUCUCUUUCCUAGUCGCGCGUCCAAACGGAUCUACUAUGGCGCCCUACCUCAUGUCCUCACCGCCCUCGAUGUUGUCAUAUCCCACCUGGAGUCGGUCAAGUCCAAGGUCAAGCAGGAGUUUGCGAAGCAGGAUCACCUGAGGCUUGAAGCGAUGAGUGAGAGACUGACGGAAGUCAACAAGGCUUUGCGGCAGGCCAAGUCCUCUGCGGAGAAGCUCCGUCCUCGAAGCUCAACUUAUAGCUCCUCGCAAUGUGUUGAGCUGCUGCAGGAGCAUACGCGCAGGCUCAUUACGCUGGCGGAGGGUCUUCCCUCGGGACGACGAAUGGCCAUCGAGUAUGAUCUAGAAAUGGCCGUCGCGAGCAUCGUCGAGUACGAGGAGAGGGAACGGAAGAGGAAAGAAGAGGAGCGCAGAAAGCAGAUGGAGAAGCCGAUGCUGAACACUUACGACGACUUGCCGGACGCCGCAGGACUUUGCUUGUAUUUCUCCAUGUAUGAUGUGAUCACGGUUCUGUUGACUAUACGCAGUUACUCGGCCUCAAUUUGCUCUUCCAAAAGACUGUACCGAAAGGUGAACUCGAAAAAUCAUGCAGGUUGCGAACAUUUUGUAGGUCUUCACAUCCUCAAGCCGGCGGAGGCGGAGAGUCACAUGAUAGUAGCGACGCCGAAUAUCUGCUCGCUCGUAGGAUGGGCGUACAUGACAAUUGAAAGUGGUGACAUCCUUCGAGUAUCCAAAGAGAGCAAGGACCAGUACAAGUGGACGCUUGUCGCGAGUUUCUCGAGGUCGCUCGCCGCCUUCGCCCUCAUCCCCAUCGCCAAUAUCAAUUUGUUUGCCGCCUUCAUGGCCGAUGCGCGUACACAAGAUGACAUGCGCAACCCGCUAGCACUAACAAGCGCAAUGACAAAUGAGUGCAUCAAGAAGAAGACAUGUCAUUUCGUGAGGUUUCUCAGGAUCUCACUAACGACGUCCUAUCGUAGAAGCGAUAAGCCAGCACGUCAUUACGCCAGGCGCGUAUAUUCGCGAUGGCCCGGUGCCCUUCAGGGUGUGGCUGAUGGGCAAUGGGCGGCCAUCGCUUAUACGAUUGCAAUUGCGAGCCAGUCUCAGUACUAUGACUAUGCGUGCAACUCGCGCGCAGUUCCUCUCAGAGAUAUCGACCUCGCUCAUACAGCUCCAACUUCCCUUGCGCAUCCCAACAUUGAGGACACCUUCAUGGCCGAUCCGAUUCCUUGGCAAAGCGGGUUCAGCACGGCCCACAAGUCCACAUCAAACGAUGGGACGGGCAAAGACGCCGGGCUCAUCAUCGCACAGCUGACUGCAGAUGGCAUCCCAUUCGAUGGGGCGGCCGUUAUGGCCAUCGGCGGCGCGCCCGUCCUCUGUCACGAGCUCGUGCACUCUUUCCCAUCCACGGCUGAAAGCUAUGCGGACUCAUCGCAGGCGAAGCUCCUUCCAAAGCUCGCCACGUACAUGUACUUCUCGCUGUCCGAUAUUCUGGGCGAGAAGUGGCUGUCGCGGAUCGAUGAUCUACGGCUUGCGACAGUCGCGUGCGAUGCCUUUCGACAGUUGUCCGACGCCCGCUUCGCGGGAGUUGGCGAAGAGGAUGACGACGUCGGAGAAGGAGAGCACGAUUUUGAUCUAGGUUUAAACAUCAAGGUCAAGACGCAGAAGCAGUUGCAAAAGACACGCGCAUCAGCUGCCGCUGCUAUCGACCCCGAGCCUUUCGAGACCAUCGGCCACCCUGUACCUCGCUCUCACGCGCAAGCCCAGGAAGUAGCGACGAACAUGCUAGAGGAUGUCAAAGAGCUGUUGGCGAAUUAUCUCGAUGUUAUUCAACUGCCGCAGACAUUGGAAAAGAUAGCAGCCGCGCUCGAAAGCGCGAAUUCGCAAGCCAACGAUCUUGAAGAAUCGUCCGCUACCUCGUCUCAUGCGAUGCCCGCUGCGACGCCUUCGGCCCUUCCAGACGCGUCGGCUCCUGACAUCGCGAUCGAGUUGGAACAUGACCUGAGAGCGACACUCGAUUUCGACCUUCCGGCGGAGUUGGGUGACUGGCAUGUCUAUCUGUCGAGCCAUGCCCAUAGGGACAUCCGGAACGCCCACCGCGAAGACAAGUCCCGUUACAACAUCAUAGUAGCCAAGAUCCAACAACUAUCCAAUGGCCACUUUUCCAACGACAACCAGAAGCGCCUCACUCAGACGGGCGCGAAGGUCCCGAUAUACGAAGCCAAGUUGACGCGUGAUAGUCGUCUCGUCAAUCCCGAGUUAGAGCGUCAAGUAAUCAGGCUCUAUGGCGUGUACACGCACGCUCAGAUGGACGAUCGUCUCCGCUGCAUCUUCGACGCUAUCGGCGCGGAGGUCGGCAGAAGGGGGAAAGAGUAUCAGCGGCGCUGCGUCUUCCGUCUGCCGCCUGCCAACGAAGGCGACAACGUCUUCUCGCCUGCUACGUUUCCCCUCAGCGAUAACGUCUUGCAGAAGGAGUACGAGGACGUUCAGUUGCCCCCUGAAGACAAAGCGCGCGUGCACGAGCUGAUCAAGCUCGAGAAGUACUUCCUUUUUUCUCAGACGGUGUUGAAAUGUAUCGUCGCCGAUAUCGAUGCCGCGCACGUCUUCCAUCUUACAGACAAAGAGCGUGAGAUCGUCAGGCAUGCCGGCUCGUGCUACGUUCUUGGUCGCAGCGGCACUGGAAAAACGACCACGAUGCUGUACAAGAUGCUAGGCAUAGAGCGCGCUCAGCGACUCAACACGGAGGGAACAUCGCGGACCGUGCGCCAGCUCUUCGUCACGCAGUCACAUGUGCUCGUCGAGAAGGUGCAGGAGGCUUACGAUAAGCUUGCCAAGUCUUUGCACGUCGAGGUCAGCUCGAAGCAGGAUCUGAUGGCUCUGAAGGAGAAGAGGCCUGACGCCAGACGGGACUACCUCAUCAAGGACGACACCAUGACAGUGCAAAAUGAGACGUCAGUGCAGCGCUUCAGUGACCUCACGGAUCAACAUUUUCCUCUAUUCCUGACUUAUGACAAGCUUUGUACGCUUCUCGAGGCGGAUGUGCUUCCUUUGGAGGAGGAUUUAGUCGGCGAGGACUCCAGCAACCUUACCUCGCGCGCCAUGCAACGUUCUGGACAGUUGGUAACCUACAGGUUGUUCUUCACAGCAUACUGGCCCCAUUUUUCUCAGAAACUGACGAAAGGACUUGAUCCGGCUCUUGUGUUCAGCGAGAUCAUGGGUGUCAUCAAAGGCUCAGAAGAAGCAAGCGCUCUGCCGAGCCAUUUUCUGAGCCGAGAGGGCUACAUGAAUCUCAGUAGAAGAAGGCAGUCUACCUUUGCGAGCUGCAGGAACGUUGUUUACAACAUAUUCGUGCAAUACGACAAGGAAAAGGCACGCCGUGGAGACUACGACGCAGCUGAUAGGACAUUCAAUGUAUUGCGGAUCCUUCGCGGGCAGGGCACAGCGGGUGGGAAAAUCGACUACUUAUACGUCGACGAGGUGCAGGACAACCUGCUCAUUGACGCGCGGGUGCUGCGCUAUAUCACCCGCUUUGCAAAUGGCCUGUUCUGGGCAGGCGAUACAGCGCAAACAAUAUCCGUCGGGAGCGCUUUUCGCUUCGACGAUCUCAAGGCCUACCUUCAUCGGCUUGAAGAGAAGCACAAUUCCGUCAUCAACAGAAGGCCACCACCCAGCUUUCAGCUUACGACAAACUAUAGAUCUCACGCCGGAAUCGUGGACUGCGCGCAAACAGUCAUCGAGUUGAUUACGAAGUAUUGGCCCGACAGUAUCGACCAACUUGCUCGCGAGGAAGGAGAAGUAGCAGGCGUGAAACCCGUAUUUCUCACCGGGUGGAGCAGCGACACGUUGUGCUACGAGCAGUUCCUGUUUACGACGUCCUCGGGAAAUGCUAUCGAAUUCGGUGCGAAACAAUGUAUCAUUGUUCGCCAUGAAGAAGCGCGUCAAAGGCUGCGUGCCCGCGUUGGCAAUAUUGGCUUGAUCAUGACUCUGUACCAGAGCAAAGGAUUGGAGUUCGACGACGUUGUACUGUACGACUUCUUUCAGGAUUCACUCGUAACGGCAUCGCAGUGGCGAAUGGUGCUUAACCACAUGUCACCGGACUAUCACCCCCACAUACCUGCUCCUCGAUUCGAGGAGACUCUGCAUGCUGGCGUUUGCAGCGAGCUCAAAUUUCUAUACGUUGCCCUCACGCGUGCCAGGAAGAACGUGUGGAUUGUCGAUACCUCUGAGCGUGCCGAACCUAUGCGGCUUCUUUUGACAUCCUGGAAUCGAAUCGACAACCGGACACCCGCUAACGUGCCUCGACUCGCAGUCUCGUCGACGGAGAAGGAGUGGGAAGAGGAGGGAAUCGAGCUAUUCAAAUCCGAACACUUCGACGAAGCCAGGUUCUGCUAUGAGCGAGCUGGCAUGCACGUAGAGAUGGCCAUCGCACACGCUUACUAUCUUCAUGGAUGUGCCGCCCUCAAGCCAUCCGAUGGGUCCAGGAGCGCAAUUCUGGAACGCCGGAAAGCAUUUUUGGACGCCGCAACUGCAUUCAUCGGAUGCGCAGAGACUGCAGGAGCGAGUGGCCUCCCUGAGCGACAGAAGGCAUACUAUCGUGUCGCUGCGAACGCUUAUCUAGACGCCGAUGAUGAUGCCAAUGCAGCAAGAAUAUUCGUCGAAGCCGGCGAAUUCUACAAGGGCGCUGAGAUCUAUCGCAGAUUGGGCAACUUCGACGAGACGGUCAAUAUCGUACGAGCUCACGGGCCACACAUCGACGCCACCUCGAAGUCGAGACUCCUUCAUGUAUGCCGACUCUAUUACUUCCAAGCGAAGGAGUAUAGAAAAGCGUGUGAUUUGUUCGGAUCUCUGGAUGAGGCGUUGCAGUUCCUUGAGGAGACGCCCUUCAACGUCGAGAAGGCCGCGCUGUUGGAAUCGGCCGGCAGGUUCCAUGAAGCAGCAGAGCUACAGAUAAUCGACAAUCCAGUGCACGCGGUAGAUCUGUUCUUCAUGGAUCCUGCCGAUGAUCUGGCUAUCAAGCGAGGUUGGGAUUGCAUAUUGGAUGGCCUGUGGACGGAGCUCGCGUUUGGAGCCAACAUUGAGGCGGUCAAAGGGACACCACUCGUCUUGUCCUACCUUCGUCGCUCCGAGGAGUUCAUUCGUGCUCAUCCAGAAUCUGAACGAGCGUUUGAGUUUCGCAUGUUCCUCGCCUUGGUGAAGCACGACUCCGACGAGUUGAAGUCUCUUUCUCGCUUUUUCCUGGGCUCCAAGAAAGCGGCCCCGGCUUUUCGGUGCUUGCAAGGCGUAUUCCAGCCUCAAUUUCCAAACAUACGAGACCUGCCAGCGGACGCGCUGAUCGACAUUCUAUCAUUGUUCAAGGAAUAUGUGCGCCUUCUGCAUAUCAUGGCCUUCGACUUCUCCCCGUGCGACAAGACCAGUAUCUGCCGUGUACUUGGACUGAGGCACGCGGAGAACGGCAGAUCAUGCGUCGCUCCCAGCGGUACCUUCAUAUAUGAGCAAGUCAGAAUCUUCCGGCCAGAGGGGUCGCAGAUCACCGACAAUGGGGCAGCCGUGCCGACGUCAUCACUCACGCGUCUUCUGUCUGUGUUGCUCCAGAGCAGACUGCACGCAGUAUUGUUGGAUGAGGAGUUCCGUUGCAGACAGGCGUCGGUCUUUCGUACGAUUUGCUUGGCGCAUACGCUUCGCGGCAGCUGCAACUCGAUGAUGUGCACACGCGUUCAUCCGGAGUCGUCUUCCCUCGAUCCCACAUGGUAUAAUCAGCAAGUCCAGCUUCAUUUGCUCCAGAUUUCGAUUCUCGACUUCGAUGUCAAAGACUACAGCGAUGACUUCAAGCGUCCUAAUUACCAAAGGCACCGUGUCUAG